AUGCAAUUUUUUCCUCUUUAUGGGACCCUCCAGAAAUUUCCAGUUUAGGAAUUUUGAUUAAUUAUGGCUUCUUCAAAGAAAUGGGCAUUUCUCAUUUCAUCCAUUGCUUCUUUCAUCCUAUUUUUUAUUAUAAUCUUCCAACUCCCUCUCUUCAGGGUACCAUGUAGAAUUGGAAUAUGUACAUCACCUAUAGAGGUGACAUCCUCUCAGUUGAUAGCAACAGAGCUUUGUCCUGCAUUUGUUGUUAAGGCUCUUCUCUACCCUGGUGCUAUUUCAAAGGCUUCCAUCAAGAACCAAACUCUUCCAACAUUUGAUAAUUUGUUGAAGCUAUAUAGUCUUACUAAUUUCAAGAAAGGCUCUGCUAAGUUUGAUCUCCAUCAUCUCGAGAUUCUUGCAGGAAGUUACUUGACAGUUGCAGGAGCAGUUUUUGGUGUUAUAAGACAAGGGAGAAUGAGCCUUUUUGGAACACUACUUAUCAUAUGGGGCAUUAUAAGAGAAGGCAUUCAAAGAAAAUCUGCUACAAAAGCUUUUCAUAUAUACCCAGAAAUGUAUAUUGCUCUAGUUUGUGCUUUUCUAUCCAUAAGAAAGGAUGUCAAGAAAUUAUUCCGUAGUUCCAAGGCUCGCAAAGUUGUAAAAUCUCUUGGAUCCAAAGCCAAAUACAUGUGAAUGGCUUGUGGGUGGUGGGAGAAAUUUUUUAACAUUUUCAAUUAGGAGUUCUAUUGAGGGAAAGUAGAAACAUUUUCUCUGAUGUAGAAGCUUCUGUAUUUCAUGAUAGGUUAUAAUUUUUUAUUGGUAGAGUGUUGUUCUUUAUUCAUGAUUCUCACAAGCAUUUAUUCAGUAAAUGUAUUAACUAAGGUUUCCUGUAAUUUUUUUCCUUUUCUUUUUAA